AUGGUGACCUCUGAGAUGCCGGUCAAGUCUCAGACCCGUGCUCAUGGUCUCCAGCUCUGGAUCAACUUGCCCAAUGAGCACAAGAUGUGUGAGCCAAAGUACCAAGAACUAUUGGACACUCAGAUACCACGCGCUAGACCCCAGGAUGGAGUUGUUAUCAAAGUCAUUGCUGGAGACUCGCAGAGAGUCAAGUCUCAAAUCUAUACCCGCAUUCCGACAAUGUUCCUCGACUUCAAGAUGGACAAGAACCAAGCCGUCACCCAAACCAUCCUGGCAACAUACAACGGAUUCAUUUACGUUCUCAGCGGCACCGCAUACAUCGAGGAACCGAAAGCGAGACUGAGGCAAAAGCGCAUAUUACCCUCACCUUCUCCGAGGACAGUACCAGCAUCGUCAGGGUGCAGACAAAGGAUGAGGCAGCGCAUUUUGUAA